UACAUCCAAUUCCAUGGUCACUUUCUCUCUCUCUCUUCCCACCAUAUCCCCAAUUCCCCAUAGCUUAGAAGCGCACAAGACUCAAUGCAAACCGCUCUGAUUCCUCCUCUCUCUGCUCUUCUCCCUCUCCCUAGCUAGAGCUUGGCUUGCUUCCUCCAAACACAGCUCGAGAUCAAUAGGAAUUCAUAGGAACAACAAUACAAUACAUACACGCAUACAUAGAGGAGGAAGAAGGAAGAAGAAGAAGGAGGAGUUGGGAGAGAGGAGCAAGAAAUACAGCCAAGAAUUUGAGGAAAUAGUGAUAGUUUUCUAUGGAGUUCACUACAAGCAGUAGGUUUUCUAAAGAAGAGGAGGACGAGGAGCAGGAUGAGGCGGGAAGGCGAGAGAUCCCCUUCAUGACGGCCACGGCCGAAGCCGCGCCUGCGCCCACGUCGUCGUCGUCGUCUCCUGCUCAUCACGCGGCUUCCGCGUCGGCGUCGGCGUCUGCGUCAGGGAGCAGCACUCCCUUUCGCUCCGACGAUGGCGCCGGGGCGUCUGGGAGCGGCGGCGGCGGCGGCGGCGGCGGAGAAGCGGAGGUGGUGGAGAAGGAGCACAUGUUCGACAAGGUGGUGACGCCGAGCGACGUUGGGAAGCUGAACCGGCUGGUGAUCCCGAAGCAGUACGCCGAGAAGUACUUCCCGCUGGACGCGGCGGCGAACGAGAAGGGCCUCCUGCUCAACUUCGAGGACCGCGCGGGGAAGCCAUGGCGGUUCCGCUACUCCUACUGGAACAGCAGCCAGAGCUACGUGAUGACCAAGGGGUGGAGCCGCUUCGUCAAGGAGAAGCGCCUCGACGCCGGGGACACCGUCUCCUUCUCCCGCGGCAUCGGCGACGAGGCGGCGCGGCACCGCCUCUUCAUCGACUGGAAGCGCCGCGCCGACACCCGCGACCCGCUCCGGCUGCCCCGCGGGCUGCCGCUCCCGAUGCCGCUCACGUCGCACUACGCCCCGUGGGGGAUCGGCGGCGGAGGGGGAUUCUUCGUGCAGCCCUCGCCGCCGGCCACGCUCUACGAGCACCGCCUCAGGCAAGGCCUCGACUUCCGCGCCUUCAACCCCGCCGCCGCGAUGGGGAGGCAGGUCCUCCUGUUCGGCUCGGCGAGGAUUCCUCCGCAAGCACCACUGCUGGCGCGCGCGCCGUCGCCGCUGCACCACCACUACACGCUGCAGCCGAGCGGCGAUGGUGUAAGGGCGGCGGGCUCACCGGUGGUGCUCGACUCGGUUCCGGUCAUCGAGAGCCCCACGACGGCCGCGAAGCGCGUGCGGCUGUUCGGCGUGAACCUCGACAACCCGCAUGCCGGCGGCGGCGGCGGCGCCGCCGCCGGCGAGUCGAGCAAUCAUGGCAAUGCACUGUCAUUGCAGACGCCCGCGUGGAUGAGGAGGGAUCCAACACUGCGGCUGCUGGAAUUGCCUCCUCACCACCACCAUGGCGCCGAGUCGUCCGCUGCAUCGUCUCCGUCGUCGUCGUCUUCCUCCAAGAGGGACGCGCAUUCGGCCUUGGAUCUCGAUCUGUAGCGACCUAAAGAGAGAAAAACAAAGGAAAGUUCAUCAACGAUUCUUUUUUCUUCUUCUGUUUUGAUUUGGUUUGUUCUUCUUCUCGCAGCAACAUCGAUCUCACUUUCUCUUGUGAUUCCAUUAUAACCUGAAAUUUGAUGACAGCAUUAGGAUUUGACAUUUUUGUUUUGUUGGCCACUUAAUUGGAAUCUUUCUGUUGGUUUGAGAAGAUAUAGAGAAUUAUUAGGAAACUUGAAAGUUUUCCCCAAAUCCGUGUGAUGAGCUUGAGCUCUUCCUUUGCUUUGUUCUAUUACAUUCCAUUCUUGCUCGAUUACUUCUGUCCAAUGAUUUGUUACCAUAAACACAAGCCCAUUUCCUACAUAUGAUAACAUACAUCUGCAAAAUUCUUUAUAUAAUCUCUCCUAACAUCUGCCAAGAUUUGAACAUAUAUCCAUGGACGAACACAAAGCAAGCAAGCAAGCAGUGCCUGGCUGCCUCACUUCGCUUGCACAUCAUAUGUGUGCGAUAUGCUGUAUCCAAUCGAUCGCAUCGAUCUCGACCCCAACGUUUGGACGGCGCGUUAAUAACCAUGCAUCGAUCGACAACAAACAACUCCAGAGAGCAACAAUUGCAGGUUAGAUCUCAAAAUUCUCUUCCAUUCACUGUACCAUAAUUUCAGUAUUUACAGUGAAAGUCGUCGUGAACGUACAUUCCUCUUCUAUAUAUUUUUCCCCCUCUUUGCCGCCGCUUUUUCCCCUGCUACAGUGGCAGUAGUACUGUCGCUCUCUUCUGCAUGUAUAUAUAUCAUGGAUGUAUGAUAUCUGUAUAAGUAACGUCAUGGUAUAGAGUGUAGUACUGAGCUAGCUACUAGUAGCAGCAUAUGGGGGAUAUAUAUACUACUGGCAUAUCCAGUACGGUGUUGAGUUUUCCAUGUCUUAAAUUUUUCUGUUGCUGAUUAACGGGGGACACUGAAUUAAGUGAUGCAGGGUGGACCAGAUUACGCAUAAUUCUGUUGCUGAUUAGCGGGGUACACUGGAAAAUUUACUGAUGGCAGUGGGACAGAUUACGUAUAGUUUGGAUUGUCUGGGCCUUGAGCGCGAACAGUAUACCAGUCCACGAGAUCUUUAUGGCCGUGGCAGUCUGUAAAGAGGGGGCAAUAUUGCCACAAUAUAUGCAGUGGCACUCACUGGCCAUAACUUCCUUGUACGUCCCGCUAGGAGAAUUUAUGGGGCGAGUACGAGCGAUCACUGUUGAUUUGGGAGUAGCAAACAGUGAGGAGGUGUACACUUGUUGGCUGUCGUUGUGCUGCGGCUGCUAGCUAGCUUAGCUGCUUCCGUUCUUGGCUGUGCGCUUGUGCUGUUUUGAUCUCAGCUCCCCUAUAUGCUCUCUCUCUCUCUCUCUCUCUCUCUCUCUCUCUCUCCCCUUUUCCUUUUCACUGAUCAAGUCAUCAAGUGUAGUGUAGUGUAGCUAGCUAGGACUACUGGCCUGCACGGUGUGGGUGUGUUCAGAGAGUGAUGGGAGCAAAAGGGAGGACAUGAGCCGGCCUUGGCUAGAUAUAUAGAUGCAUAUGCAUUGUCGAUAUAUAACUAGCAAUCAUCUGUAGUAAGAGAGUAGGCGCAUGCAUUUCGGUUUUUGUUUUGCACUGGAAGGGUUUGGAAUUCAGAGAAUAGAGAUGGAUUGAUUGAUGCUGAUGAGGAUAGCUAGCUUGCAAGGGAGUACAUUUUGGUCCAUUUGUAAGAUUGGGAAAGGGGAAAGGGGAAAGGGAGAGGGAGUACGUUAUGGGAAGUUGAAAAGAGAAAGGAAAGUCUUCUACUAUCUCCUUCGCAAAACAAAAGGGGGACGAAUGGGAGGUGUGUUGGUACAUGUAACUGUCGUCUGCUUAUUCUUUCUUCUGCUUUGCUUCAGUUUUUGCUUCCCAAGCUCAGUCCAUGCUAUAUGUGUGCAUGUAUAUACCCUCUAGAUGGUGGCUGCAAUUUGAUAGCUCAUGGUUAAGUUUUCUCUCCUAGGGUGCAGUUAGCAUGCCUUUGAGGGAAUCUGCCUAGCUUCUUUUUGAGGAUCUUCGUAUAGGCUAUGAACAUCCAUCUAGCUAGGAUGAGAGUUUGCCGGUUGGUCCUAUCUAUCCUGUGAAUUGAAAAGUCUGAAUUACUAAUUAAGGACUACAGGUACUAUUCUUGAGUAGCUAA